AUGGUGACUGGCGCCAACACCGGGACAGGCAGGGAGCUCGCUCGCAUGCUCUAUUCCAAAAACGCAAAAGUCUACAUCGCAUCACGAUCACAAGAGAAGGCCUUGAGCGCAAUCCAGGACAUUCAAGACUCCUGCCCCAAAUCGGAGGGAGAUGUGAUAUUCAUACCCUUAGACCUGAACGACCUCUCCACUAUCAAAGCGUCAGCUGAGAAGUUUCUCGCAGCCGAGACGGAGCUCCACGUCCUCUUCAACAACGCAGGCGUUCAAACCAACGACCUAACAAAGACGGUCCAAGGCUACGAGAAACACCUAGGAGUCAACACAAUUGGACCCUUCCUCCUCACGAAAUUGCUCACCCCGGCCAUAGUCAGAGCCGCCUCAAAAGCUCCACAAGACACCGUACGCGUCGUAUGGGUCUCAUCGUCAGGCACCGAGAUCGCGGGUAUCAAAGACACAGCCGUCGACAUGCAAAACCUUGAUGAUCACGCACCUAAGCCCUGGCUUACUGCAUACGGCCUGAGUAAGGCGGGAAACUGGCUGCAUGCCGUGGAAUAUGCUAGGCGUCACCGCGUCGAUGGCAUCGUCAGCGUCGCUCUCAACCCGGGAAAUCUGGCGUCAGACUUGUAUCGCGAUGCGACAGGCUUGUUCAAGUACUUCGUCAAAGCGGUCACGUACCCAGCUAUAAACGGCGCGUAUACAGAGCUCUUCGCAGGGUUUUCGCCUGAGAUCUCGCUGGAGAACACUGGAUGUUGGGUAAUCCCCUUUGGUCGUAUCCGCGAGAUCCGCAAGGAUUUGCACAACGCAAGAAAGAGUGAGGCUGAAGGUGGCAAUGGAACUGCUCGGAACUUCUACGAUUGGACUGAGGAGCAAGUCAAGCUUUUCGUGUAG